AUGAUCCAGGAUGUGUCCGAGCCGCCCUCGGAGCCCGCCCCAGAGCCGGUUGAUCGUCAAUUUGAUGAAAGAUUAUGGGCGCAAUUUCACCAAGGCCUACAUGGUGUUGUGUCUUCCACUUGGCGAACCGCAACUACUGCCCAGGGUUACAGCUAGACUGUACUUGCAACUUUUCUCAUGCCGACUACACGCUUUGCUUGAAAUAUGGACGUCAUGCAGGCGGUGGUAGUACACUCGA